ACUCUAAGUCUACUCCGGUUCUCGAAUGCGAAGUUUCGUUUAAUCUUCGGCGGUAGCGUUUAUUGAUUUACUUAUAAAAUUACUUAAAAUACACGUUUUAUUUUUAAUUUCAAAUCAAAACUUAUUUAUUUUUCUUCAUUUCAUUCGUUCAUUUUUGUUCGCGAAAUUUCGCAAUAAAUUGUUUUUCGUUGAAUUAGAGUCUACUCUAAUUCAACGAAAAACAAUUCCCUUCCUUCUGUUGUUAUACUAAAUUAUAUCGGCCUUACUUAUAAAAAUCCACUAAUCAACAGCUAAGCAACUAAUUAACUAAUAACUCAUUAACUCCUUAAUUAUCAAUUAACUAUUUCUUACUUAUAAACACUGUUUACACGUCACUUAACUAAGCAAUGGUUAAAUAACGUUUUUAUUUUAUACGCUGCCAAUACCAAACGUAAAGCUAAAUUGUGAUGGUAAAAUUCCUGUUAUCCAAAGAGAAAUUAAAAAAUCAUAACGUCAAAAUUCUAAAUUAUGUCAAAUAUUGUCAAAAGAGUGGUAAUUUCAAAUUUUUUGGUGUUGUAUAAAUAUACAGCGGUGUGGUGUUUUUGUUGUGUUAGUGAUAUAAUGGAAUUGAAAUCCGCUAAGAAAAGGGCCCGACCUUCAAACUGGGAUGAAGAAGAAAAGAGAAUCUUAAGACAACUUAUAAUGGAGAAAAUUGAUAUUAUAGAAAAAAAAGACACUACUACAAAUACCAAUGCAAAGAAAAAAGCUGCUUGGCAAGAAAUAUUGUCUAGUUUUAAUAGCCUUAAUAAAAAGCCCAGGGAUAUGACACAAAUUGUCACCCAGUGGCGUAAUACAAAAGGCCUAGUUAAAACUAGAGAGUCGGAGUAUCGGCGGGCCAGGCAGAUGACCGGUGGAGGACCUCCACCACCAAGUCCGCCACAAGAAGAUCUCGAACUAAUUCAGUCAUUGCCUAAUGAGUUUGUGAUUGACAGUAAUGUUUUUGAUAGUGAUAGCAUAUAUAUUGAAACAAUAAAACAGUCACAGUCAACAGCAACUGAAAAGAUGAUGUCAGAAUCUGGGUUAGCCACCACAGAAAUAGCAAUUAUUGCAGAUUCUGAGAAAUCAACUCAGUUAUCUAAUACUCCUGAUGUGGAAGAAAAUCCAAUUUUAUCAACACCACUAGCAGCAACAAAAGUAGAGAAACACACAAUAAAAAGGGAAUUAUAUAAGCCUAAACACAAACCUAAACAAAAUAACAAGAUUGCUGAUAAUUAUGAGGAACAGUUAUUUCUACUCACAAAGAAGUGCAAAGAAAAUAAAGAAAAAAGGGAGGAUGAAUUGCAUAACAAAAGAAUGGCAAUUUUGGAUCUAGAACAGAAAUAUUGGGAAAAAAAAUUAAAAAAUGUUUAA